GACUCGGCCCUCUCGCUGUUUGAGCUCCCAUUUCUUGCAGGCAGACGCCGCCGCUGUGCCCGCCCCACCGGGCAUGCUCAGUGCUCCGGCGAGCUUUGCCGGCAGGCAGCUCUCGGCUGGCCGCGCGGGUCCUCGCGCCCGGGUCCCUUUAAAGCAGGCCCGCCGGUUGCCAGGCAACGGCGCGGCCGGCGCCGGCGCUGCACUGCAGAGGCGCUGCCCCGCGCGGGCUUGGCCGGGGCGCGGUGGCCAGCGCCGAGCCUAGGGCUGCCGCCCGCCGCUGGUGGCCGGCUCCGGGGAAGCGGGGACAGGGCCCAGCGGACCCCACCCACGCCUCCAGUUCAAACUGGAGAACAACAGCAUCCAAUAGAAGACCUUGGCCAUCAGGAAGUGAACUAGAAGAGGUGCCUGAAGAAAUGGACACUAGAAAAAAUCACUGGAAGGAGAGUAUGUUUUUUUUCAGUACACAGGAUGUUCUAGGCGAGGCUUCUCAGCCUAACUCUUCUUCUGAACCAAUGCCUUUAGAUAAGGCCAAGAAAAUGGAAGGAAUCUAUCAUCUGUCUAGUAGAAAGUUUCAAGAAGAAAAUAAAUUUAAGAGGAAAAAAUUUAUUUCCCAAGUAAAUGAAAAAGAAGAAGAACCAAAUUUAAGAGAGAGAAAGAGAAACAUUUCAAAGAAUGAAGCAGACACAAAUUCUGCCCCCUGUGAAUCAUCUAAUCUGGAGAUUGCAACCACAGAAAGCUGUAAUAGCACAGAAGAUUAUUCUACCUGGAGUAUAAAGGAAUUACCAGCUCUUCCACAACAGGACACAAAGAAGAAAUUUACUGAAGGAAUGUCUCCAAAACUUCACCUGAGUCUUUUGAAUGAAGAACUGGAAGAACUUAAUGUGAAGUGCAGAAAAAUAGAAGAGGAAUUUGAAAGUGCUGAAAAAGAACUUUUGAACUCUAAAAAAGAAGUCUCCUCAAAACCCCUAAAUUUUCAAGAAACAGGGAUGGAAACUUCUAAGAAAGACUGGGAACUCCAAGCUUUGAGAAAUGACUUAUCUGAAAAAGCAGCCAAUGUCAAAAACUUAACUGAAGAGCUCCAGCAAGCCAAAGAACUCAUUCACAAGUUGAGCCUGGAGAACAGAGAUUUAAAAGAAGCUGUUAGGAAGCUGAAGCGUCAAACUGAGGUUGGAAAUGCACUCCUGAAGGAAGAGAUGAAAUUGUAUUAUGAAUUAGAAAUAGAAAAGAUCCUCAGUGAGCUUGACGCCAUCAAGAAUGAACUGAGAACUGAGAAGACCCUACAAGCAAGAAAUAACAGGGCCCUGGAGUUGCUUAGGAAACAUUUUGCUUCUGUAAUGUCAUCAAGUACCCUUGACAGCUUUACAGGGGAUCUUUUUUUAACUUAAACUAAAAAAAAAAAAAGCCUUUCAUUAGACAAAUCAUUGAGCCAAAUCAGCAUUUCUUGUGCUUUCUUUAUGUCCUACUUAAAACGUGUGUUAAUGAACUGGAAUUUUUCAUUUUUAGUGAAUCAGGGUGUCCAUAAGAUGUAUAGACGUUACCUUCAAAACUCCUGCUUUCUCUAUCUAAUGAAGUGAUUGUGAGGAUCCAAAUGGAAAUGAAGCUUCAGAAAUCUGAAUAUAUGUAUAUAUAUUCACUGAAAGACAGGUAGUGAUUCACCAAAUCAUUUAUGAACACAAACCAACAGCCAUUUCAUGAUCUUGUGAGCAAUAUGUCCUUGGCACACGAAUAUUCUCCCAUCUGUGUUCGCUGAUGUUAAUAAAAAUCUCGUUUAUGUGUA